CCUCCAACAUCCCUAGCUUCUCAGCCCUGCAUGUGGAACCGCAAACAGAAGCACUUCAGCUCUCCCCAGUCUCCGGUCAUCGCAGUGGAGUUCGCGGACCAAGGUGAAAGAAUAUUUUUCUUUCUGUCCACGAUCUGCCAUGAUUGGCAGAUAAGACCCCGGGCCUCUAACCCUGGGCUUUCUCGAUCACAAAUGAGGAGAUACCGGUCUGUUGGUGGCUGAUCUGCUCGUAGAGCAAACUCACCGGUAGGAUCGCGAACUCUCUACUUGAGCGUCAUUUUAUGGGUUCAGGAGGUAUAUUUUCCUUGUUGUGCACAUCCAUGGAUACCUACCUAGGUAGUAACCAUCCUUUGAGUAAUAGAUGGUUUCCCACACCACCACUGUUGAAAAUUUGGUAAUCAGCAGUAAAAACCCCCGAUUUUCUUUUUUCCUCUUAAACCCCUAUCCUUCCCCCUUCUCUAUUCAGUCCAUUUCAUCCCAUUUUUACCUUGCCCUCAAGGUUUCCGACCAGGUAAUGAGAUAAGUAUCCAAGAUGGAGUCAUCGUUAUUUGCGACUCUCGUCCAAGUCGAGUCGAACUCGCUCGCACGGGAACAUACUCUCCCAGCAGCUCCACAGAGAGUACUAUCUAGGACCUAUCCUGCCGUUCCUCAGCAAGAUCCAAUUGAGUUAACAUCCCUUCGAUACUCUCGCAAUGACAACAAUUCCUCUAAUGCCACAACUCCUCGAGAGGAGAUUGAUCUUGAGAUGACCGCUCCGGGAACGCCAGCUGAGUCAUCCGAGCCGGUAGAUGCUGUCGAUGCUUUACCAGGCUUAAACGACCCGCCCAUGAACAAAUUUCGACUGACAUCGUGUUGCCUCCAAAAUGUCAUGGCGGGCUUGACUGAUUCUGCCCCUGGUGCUCUAAUUCCCUACAUGGAAGCUGAUUAUGACAUUGGAUAUGCCGUGGUAUCUCUCAUCUUCAUAGGAAAUGCUAUGGGCUUUAUCAUGGCGGCGCCUUUCGUCGACCAGAUCCGGCAGCGCCUUGGGCGGGCCAAGACCAUUGCCCUCUCCCAGAUUUGCAUGGGCGUCGGGUACAUUCCUUUUAUUUGCACAGCGCCAUUUCCCCUAGUGGCAAUAUCCUAUUUCUUACUCGGCUUCGGAUGCGCCAUUCAGCUGGCUAUCGGCAACGUGUUCUGCGCGAACCUACGCAAUAACACGACGAUGCUAGGGCUUAUGCAUGGUAGCUACGGCGUAGGUGGCAUCGUCGGUCCCCUUGUUGCAACAGCCAUUGUAUCUAGUGGCGCGGUCUGGAGCCGGUAUUAUCUCCUGACCCUCGGAUUCGCCAUCUUCAACACCUGCUUCUCGACCUGGUCAUUCUGGAAUUAUGAGAAGGAGCUUGGUGGCGUCGAAUCGAACAUACUAACCGAGACUAGCUCCCGCGGCGAUAUGUCCAUGAUGCUUCUGGCCUUCAAGUCUAAGGUUGUCAUCUUAGGAGCCAUCUUCAUUUUCGCAUAUCAGGGAGCCGAGGUAUCGAUCUCCGGAUGGGUUAUCUCCUUCUUGAUAUCUGCCCGCAAUGGUGAACCUUCAUCUGUCGGAUACGUGACGUCUGGUUUUUGGGCUGGCAUUACCAUCGGCCGAUUCUGUCUCUCACCUAUCAGCUCUAGGAUCGGCGAGAAAUUGUUCGUGUACUUCCUCGUCAUCGGUGCUGCCGUCUUCCAGCUGUUAGUCUGGUUAGUCCCCAACAUCGUCGGCGAGGCCGUGUCGUUGUCUAUUGUCGGAUUACUUCUCGGCCCCGUUUAUCCGUGUGCUGCCGCCAUAUUUACGCGAAAUCUGUCUCGCCGCGAGCAGGUGAGCGGCAUGGGGAUUAUCAGUGCCUUUGGUAGUUCUGGUGGUGCCAUGGCCCCGUUCACUACUGGUCUUCUCGCCCAGGCUGUUGGUACAUUUGUUAUGCAUCCUGUUGCUAUUGGCUUAUUCACGGCCAUGUUAGUGUGUUGGUUCGUCUUGCCUGAUGCUAGGAAGAGGACGGAAUAAUGAUGAUGUUUUUUGGAUGCUGCUUGGCUAUUGAUAGCGAGUGCAACGGCGUGGAAACUUUGUGGGUAAACACAGGCGGGUUAUUCAUAUGGAUGACGGAAAACUUGCUUUAGGAGGCUAGGUUGAUAUCUUGGGAAAAUGGUGGUCUCUGAUAUACUAGUCAGUUAAAGGGAGGUAGGUAAUUAUUUAUAUGGUAUGGUAGUUAGGUUAUGGUACUUCCAGCGACCCAAAAGUCAAUUUCAAUUUAUUUCUAUCACUUCCCACCUUCUCUUGAGCACCCUUAACUCCUUUUGAAGCACGAUAAAAAUUGUAGCUAGGUGGUUAGGGCCUCAUGAUGCGUCAAAAAAGGUGGAGCACCAAUGCUAGUAGAUGGUAUAGGGGUAUUUCACAUAAUUACUGUUUAAACAG